GAGAGGGAGAGGAAGAGGAGAUCUAUUGUUUUACAGGGUAUAUAAGAUGUCUGAGGCCAGUCGUGUGCCAAACUCAGUGCUCACACGACUUGAUAGCAGCGGAGAUCACUUCAUAGACAAGAGCUGUCGCGUGUCCUCCGCUCUCUCGCUUUUCUUCUCUCCAGGACCGCCGAGAGCUAAAGUUUUCCUCUUGUCUUCGAGUUACACUUGGAAACUUGGCGUGCGUGUAUGUGUGGAGUGCCGCCCUGAAUGUUCAAAAUGUCCUCUGCCCUGGAGACCAGUUACUCUGACUUGGAAACCAGCAGUGAUGUGUCCUUUUGCUUCACUGAUGAUGAAGGAAGCCUCAGCAGCCUGCAGACCCCUUCCCUAGCCUCCCCCAAACAUGCCACUUCCCCAGCACACAGCCCUGAAAAGGGUGAGGGAGAGAAAGAAAGGAAGAGGCGACGGGGCCGCACCAAGGUCAAGAAUGAAGCUGUCCUCCACACCAUCAAAAAGACUAGGCGGGUCAAGGCAAAUGACAGGGAAAGGAACCGCAUGCACAACCUCAAUGCAGCCCUGGAUGAACUCAGGAGUGUCCUGCCAACGUUCCCAGACGACACCAAGCUGACCAAGAUAGAGACCUUGCGCUUUGCUUACAACUACAUCUGGGCCCUCUCGGAGACUCUGAGGCUGGCUGAUCACCGCCUGCAGAAACCUCCCAAAGAGAUGCUUCUGCCCAGCUUCUUGAGCUCCACGGAGCCACCCAGCCCCAGCAGUGAUGCAGGCUCCUGGGUGUCUGCUCCAUCUCCGGCCACCUCUUCCCUCUCUGCCUACACGUCCAACCCUAGCAGCCCAGCAACCUCCGAAGACUAUUGUUAUGGGCACACAGAGAACCUCUUCUCCUUCCAUGGCCUCCCUAAAGACUUGUUGGAAAGCACUCCCUGCCUUCUGCAGUACCAUUAGAUGAAGGCACGUCUACUACUACAUGUGCUCACUGAAGCAAAAGCAUCCUUUCUCUUAUCGUUGCAAAAUGAUCAUCUGUGCUUAGUCUGGUGUUCUUUUCUGGUUAAAAAGACAGGGCAGAGAGAUGGACUUUGGCUUUUCAGAUCAAAGCUUCUUUAGUUUAUACUGUUUUCAAUCAAAAAUAUCAAAGCUGAAGAUGUAAGAAAUGUUUACAAAUCAAGCUAGCAGACUAUUGAAAAUGGAGGGGGGGGGAUGUAGGAAGUAUUUAGAUUGGCCUACACAGUGUAGUUUUAAAACCAACCAAAACCAAACCUUUACUUAGCUGUAAUGGCAUCAGGAUCCAGCUCACAUGAUUUUUAUUAUUUUUUCCCCUUUGCUUUCUAAGGAUUUCUUUCUCCCCGUUUUUGCACUUCUAUGAACGUCACAUAGCCCACUUUGUUUCUUUCCUUUCCACUGACCUGAGCUCUUGGGCAUCAAUAUGAUUUAGAAAAGGGACAGAUUUGCUGCUACAGACAAGGUGAAAAGUCAAUUUUACAAUUUGUAGAACUCUAAUGAAGAAAAAUGAGCAUGAAAAUUUGGUUUGAACGCCCUGACAAUACAUUGAAAAGGCUUAGGGAGGGGUGAUUCAGCUGGGUGCACAGGGCUUCCUGCUUGAUACUUAGCACACCAAAUUCUUGGUGAGUACCCAGGUUGUGGAUGGAGCUUUGCUUCUCCCUGGUGGGGCUCUGAACCCUGACAUGAUCAGCCCCUAGAGAGGGCAGACAAGGAACUAGGUUCAUGCAUUAUGGAUCUUGACCUCCAAUGCCACUGUCUUGUUUUUGAGUAGGACUAGACGUGGGGCAUUCAGUGACUUGGUCGGAUGCUAGUUUAAUUUAUUCAAGAACUUUCAUUGAUAUGAAAAUUGUAUUUUUGUACAUACAGAGAUUUAUUCUUAUUAUUAUGUCCACAUCAUAAAGAUUAAAACAAGAUGUACUUUUUAAAAAAAAUUCUUGUUGUAAAUAAAU